AUGUUCAAAUUUAAUUGCCAAUUCUCCCAUCCUUCCAUUCAUCUUUAUUUUAAUUUAAAUUUUAAAAUGGUGGUUAAGUAUUUGUGGUUUGUUGUGGAAAGAGCUUAUUUGCCAGAAAGAUUUUUUUUGAACAAUUCAAUUUAUUGUGAAAAAGAGGAUUUUUAAAAGGUUUAAUCAGAAAACUUAAUAACCACUUAACCACCCCCUCCCCCCUUUUUCCUCACAUCAUUCAUUUGUUUCUCAAGAAAAUUAUUUUUCUCUUCAAGUUUAACAUUCUUCUCCUUUUCUUCAUUAA